AUGGCACAGAGGUCUCUGUGUCUUCUGGCGCUUUACCUGUUGUGUGGCACCACGCUGUGCAUGCCCACAGACAUAAUACAAGACUUUGACGUCGACGAUGGACGAGAUCGGGACAUUUUUGAGAUCAAUGAAGAGGCAGGGUUAAAUCUGGUAGAAGGAGACAUUGUGCUUGACGAGAAACAAUCUAGAAACUCCAUCAUUGGUGAUGAAUACAGAUGGCCUACGACCAUCCCGUACUAUAUGGAGGACAACCUUGAGAUUAAUGCAAAAGGUGUAAUACUGAAAGCCUUUGAGCAGUAUCGACUCAAGACCUGUAUUGACUUCAAGCCUUGGACAGGCGAACCAAACUACAUCUCCAUUUUUAAAGGCAGCGGGUGCUUCUCCUCUGUGGGCAACCGGCGAGUCGGCAAGCAGCGACUGUCAAUAGGCAACAACUGUGACCGCAUCGCUACCAUUGAACACGAGUUUCUUCAUGCUUUGGGUUUCUGGCACGAGCAGUCCAGGGCGGACCGAGACGACUAUGUCACCAUUAUGUGGGACCGCAUCUCAGAGGGCAAAGAACACAACUUUAAUACAUACGACGACACCACCUCGAGCUCGCUGGGCGUCCCUUAUGACUACGGCUCCAUGAUGCACUACAGCAAGACGGCUUUCAGGAAAGGCUCCGAGCCCACCAUCGUCACCAAGAUUGCCGCCUUCAGCGACGUCAUCGGCCAGAGGAUGGAGUUCAGCGACAGUGACUUGCUCAAGCUCGCCCGCCUCUACAACUGCACUCAAGGAUCCACUUUUCUGGACUCAUGUGAUUUUGAACGUGAGAACAUCUGUGGGAUGAUCCAAGGACCAGGAGACUCGGCCGACUGGAACAGGGUGGCCAGAGCGGCAGGCGGGCCCGAUACAGAUUACUCUAACAUGGGCAAAUGCACCGGCUCCGGCUAUUUCAUGCACUUCAACACAAGCGCAUCUAACAUUGGAGAAACGGCCCACCUUGAGAGCAGAAUUCUGUACCCCAAAAGAGGCUACCAAUGUCUGCAGUUCUUCUUCUACAACAGCGGUGGCCCUGAGGACCAACUGAACAUCUCUGUGCGAGAGUAUGACAGCGCCAAUCCUGCUGGGAAACUGCGCUUCAUCACCACCAUUGAUGGACCCCCUCAGGAUCUGUGGCAGCUUCACCACGUCAGCCUGGACGUCACAAAGAAAUUCCGUGUAGUUUUUCAGGGCACCAAAAAAGGCACAGGCCCACCAUCAGGUGGACUUUCUCUGGAUGACAUCAACAUCUCCGAGACAACAUGUCCAGAGUUCGUAUGGCGCGUGAAGAACUUUAGCAACGUCAUGGACAACACUCCCGUGAACAAAGCCAUCUAUAGCCCACCGUUCACCUCCAAGGAGGGCUACACCUUCCAGAUGAAGCUCUAUCCCAGCGGGAAGACCAACUACACGGGGCAGCUGUCAGCCUACGCUAAUCUGGUGGCCCGGGCGGGCGACAGCGGGCAGACGUGGCCUUGCCCCUGGAAACAAAUCACCAUGAUGCUCAUGGACCAGCACCCGCACAUUCAGAAGCGCAUGUCCAACCAGCGCAGCGUCACCACCGAUCCCAAAAAGACCACAGGCUCCAACAAGCUCUUCUGGGAUGACCCUCGCAAGGUGGGCGUUGAGGUGACAGACACGGAUGGUUCCAAGUAUUUCCGUGGACCCGGAUCUGGUACUGCAGUCUACCUCACCCACCUGAGAGCCAAGAGCAGGGAUUUUAUCAAGGGAGGGGACGCCAUCUUUCUCCUCAGCAUGGAGGACGUGUCUCAUCUGACAGUUAGCCAACCUGUGCCAACUACCCCUUCAACCACAACCACCAGACCCUCUGAUUCGUGUGCAGAUGUGGAGUGUCUGAACGACGGCAUGUGCGUGGUGGACCAAGGAAAAGCUGUUUGCCUGUGUGCUGUGGGUGCUGACUGGUGGUUCUAUGGAGACAGCUGCGAGCACAAAGGUUCUCUCAAGGACAACAGCGUCCUGGCUCUGGCCUCCUCUCUGUCUGUGCUGGCUGCCAUGCUGGUCGUUACCGUAGUCACUGCUGUGUGUCUGAAGAAAAAGUACAAAAAGCGCAGUUAUCAGAAUAGUGUCGUCAUGGCCAACAUGAACACGAUGGGCAGACCCUGAACUUGGUCAAGAUAUAAAAAAUGUAAUAAUCAUCCGGAAGCUAUUUUUAUCAUACCGCAGCAGCAGAUUUCCACCUGCUGGUCGUUCAAUGUAAAUACACACAUGCGUGUGACAGUAUUAAAAUUGGGAAGGAAAAAAAAAGCCAUAUUCUUAAAAUUAUAUUCACAAAUUUAAAAUUUAUUAUACCAAAGACAGGAACAUCUGUGUUGUCUCUUUUCCAUGUGGAUAUAUUUUGUAUUACUGAACUCGACACAGUCAUGCCGGUGGUAACUGUCAAAGGGCUCUGGGAUGAUAUAAUGUGUAUGUACGUGUGUGUGCAAAAAUCAGUCUAUUAGUGUUUAUAAGAUACAGUGAUGACUACAGGACAUCAAAAUCAAUCAAAGAGGGGAUUAAAUAUCUGUGUUUCUGUAUGUUGAUUUUAUGUGUUGUGAGACUAAAGGGUAUAUAACAGGAUGGAGAGAA